AAGCUAGAUCAUCAGGACCAGCAAUGGAGUAUAAGCAACGAGAAGAAGCCUUUAAAUGUCCCUGUGAGAUUGCCUUCCCUGAGUGACGUCAUUUUCCGGCCUUUCCGGCGAAUUUGAUCGUUCUUUUAUAACCAAGUUGCACAAGGACCAGGUUUUGUAGUGAAAGCAAUGGUGCUUUUUCCAUCUCUUUUUGAUGGAUUAGCUAGGACAGUAUCAAUCAAGAAAGGGAGGAACUCCCAGAAAGAUGUAGGAAAGGAAGCUGCAGAUGCUUUGGCAAAGGAUGCAAGGAAAAGCGAGUUGAUGUUGAGUUCCUCUGGCACUGUUAAGUCCAACAAGUCAAACAAUUUUACCUCCGUCUGCUCGAAGAGAGGGCAGAAAGGAAUUAAUCAAGAUCGCUUCAUUGUCUGGGAGGAAUUUGGUUGCCAAGAGGACAUGAUAUUUUGUGGAAUAUUUGAUGGGCAUGGUCCAUGGGGACAUGUUGUUGCCAAAAGAGUUAAAGAAUCUGUUCCUUCUUCUUUGCUGUGCAAUUGGCAAGAAAGCCUUGCAUUGACAUCACCUGAUGUGGAUUUCGGAAUGGAACUGGAUAGAGAUCUCCAACAGUUUGAUAUUUGGAAGCAGUCCUACUUGAAAACUUAUGCUGCCGUUGAUCAGGACCUUAAGCAGAAUCCUGACAUUGAUGCCUUCAGCAGUGGUACUACAGCUUUAACAAUCGUUAAACAGGGUGAACAACUUAUUAUAGCAAAUGUUGGGGACUCUCGAGCUGUGUUGGGGACAACUUCUGAUGAUGGCAGUUUGGUGCCUGUUCAGCUUACCAUCGAUUUCAAACCCAAUUUACCCGAGGAGGCUGAACGAAUAACACAGUCCAACGGUCGAGUAUUCUGCUUACAUGACGAGCCAGGGGUGCAUAGGGUAUGGAUGCCAAAUGGGAAAAGGCCAGGACUAGCAUUAUCAAGAGCCUUUGGUGACUACUGUGUAAAAGAUUUUGGGCUCAUUUCCAUACCUGCUGUGUCCCAAAGAAGCGUAACACGCAGAGAUCGUUUUGUCAUUCUGGCAACGGAUGGGGUAUGGGAUGUUAUUUCCAAUCAAGAAGCAGUGCAGAUUGUUUCUUCAACACCAGAUAGGGAGAAAUCGGCUAAAACGUUGGUGCAAUGUGCUGCUCGUGCAUGGAAAUACAAGAAAAGGGGCAUCGCAAUCGAUGAUAUCUCAGCCAUAUGCCUCUUCUUUCACGAUUCACCAUCUCAAAAGAUUGACCCAUUGAUGGUCUUGAAACAAGCAUAAGCGAGCAAAAUAGCGUGAUGGCUGGUUUAAAAAAAAGCCUUUCACUAUAGUAUGUAAAUGUGAACCGUGUAUAGUGUAAGAAUGAAUAAGAAGCACCUAAAUGAUCAAGCCAUCUCAAUAUUAUCUUUAAUGCCAGAAAAGAAUAUUUUACAUCCAAUAAUGUUCUUUUCUUGCA